AUGACGGGGCGGCGGGGCGGCCCGCGGGCGGCCCCGGGGCUGGCGCUGCUGCUGCUGCUGCUGCUGCCGCCGCUGCUGCUGCCCGGGCCCGCGGGCGCCGUGGAGCCCAUCAGCCUGGGGCUGGCGAUCGCCGGCGCCGCCGCCUCGGCGCUCACCGGCAUCAUCUCGUACCCGCGGCUGUACUGCUACUUCAGGGAGUGCUGCCUGCAGCGGCACGACGUGCGCGCCGCCGCCGCCCUGCAGGAGAACCUGGACAGAAAGCUCUUCGGGCAGCACCUGGUGAGCAAGGUGAUCGUAAAGGCCGUGAGGGGCUUCCUCAACAACGAAAACGCCAAAAAGCCUCUCGCCCUCUCCUUGCACGGGUGGACUGGAACAGGCAAAAACUUUGUCAGUAAGAUAAUCGCCGAAAGCAUUUAUAAAAAAGGUCUGAAGAGUAAAUACGUCCACCAGUUCGUGGCUACUUUACAUUUCCCUCACGCUCAGGACAUCAACACCUACAAGGACCAGUUGCAAUCAUGGAUUCGGGGAAAUGUGAGCAUCUGUCCCCGAUCGCUCUUCAUAUUUGAUGAAAUGGAUAAAAUGCACGCAGGACUCAUUGACUCCAUCAAGCCAUUCCUGGACUACUACGAGCUCCUGGAUGGGGUGUCCUACCGCAAAGCCAUCUUCAUAUUCCUCAGCAAUGCUGGAGCUGAAAAGAUAACGGAGCUGGCGCUGGAUUUCUGGAGGAAGGGGAGGACGAGGGAAGACAUAGAGCUCACAGAAAUACAGAACGCGCUGUCCGUGUCUGUCUUCAACAACAAGAACAGUGGAUUUUGGCACAGCACCUUGAUUGACAAAAAUCUCAUUGACUACUUUGUUCCCUUCCUGCCUCUGGAAUACAAGCACGUGAAGAUGUGUGUCAGGGUUGAGAUCGAAUCACGUGGCUACGCCGUGGAUGAAGACAUUUUAACCAGGAUAGCGGACGAGAUGACCUACUUCCCCAGGGAGGAGAGAAUUUACUCGGAUAAAGGAUGUAAAACUGUGGAUGCCAAGCUGGAUUAUUACUAUGACUUCUAAGGCUUUAUUGCUGCAAAUGUAACUUAAUCACAAAAAUGAAGAACCCAGGACAUUUCAUUUUUAAGCACUUUGUAAAGAAGGGACCAUUGUUUUAAACUGGUGUGUAAAUAAGUGGCAGUGCCUCUGCAUUUUUAUUCUGUCACUAGUCACGGCGCCCAGGUACGUCGCGUUGUGCCACCAAAGUAAGGAAGAGCUGCUCUGUGAACGCAGGGACUCUGAUCGUGCCGAAGGCUCCUCUCGAAUCAUGUAUUGAUCGCCAGAACCAUUCGGCAGGCUCUUGGCACGUAUGCUGGGACUAAGAUUAUGGCCUGAUUUUAAUUAGGUUUUGGGUUGGUGUGGAUGGUCUCUAGGCAAGGUUGAGAAUCGUGAUCAAAGUCCCUGCUUGUGGAAGCCUUCACUGGGCUUGUGUGGGUAAAUUCCUGUAACAGCAUUAAAAGUGUGUGUGUUUUCUCCUCACGUAGCUUAAAAAUACGUAUACUCUUUUUCCAAUGCUGUGCAGUCACGAUGUCUGUCUCAAAACAGGGCUACAAAUUGGCUUUGUUUGAGCCAAAGCUAAUAUGAAACUCUUUGGUGUGAAUACUGUUCAGUGGAAAGACUUAAUAUUAAGUAGGAGGAGGAAGUAAGUUAAAAUCCUUGACUGUA